ACGCCGAGCGCCGCGACGCCCUCUCUCCUUUUCUUAACCCCAGCGCGUCCCCACCUGUGCUUGUUCACAAUCGUGUCAGACAUUUAAGCGUCACGUCGGAAACAUGCCUCCCUCUUUCUCUCACUCUCUCUCUCUCCUCACUUCCCCUUUGUUUCUCUCUCUCCUUCGCUCUUUUCGUUCGUCGUUCAUCGACUCGUUGUCUCGCGUCCAGAACAAGAAUUCGUCGACGAACUCGGUGCUCGCGUUUCGUGUUCCCUGUCGUUUCGCCGUGGAAACAGACAGACAGAGAAAGACAGCGGGGAACGGAGAGAGACAGAGGAACUGGCGCACGCAGCACGCGAACCGACACUUCUUUGCCGCGUGAACUAUAUAUUCUUCUUUUUUUUCCAGAGGAAGAAACGUGCUGGUCGCUGCGCGAGUGUUUCCGUGCGAGUUUCGUGGUUCGAUUGAGCGAGUGACGAUUGAAAAAUCACGAGGACAGAGGAUAGAUAGAGAGAGAGAGAGAGAGAGUGAGAGACAAAAGGGACUAGAAGAUAAGAGUGGUGCGCGCUGUUUCUCCGUUGGCAAGAUGUGCCGUGGCCAGCUGCGAUGCGUGGACGAAACGUUCAACUCGGCCAGGCUAACAACCAUCUUUAAGGGUUUCCCGGUGUGCAGACAGGAAAUCAGUAUGUCUUAAUGCGCGAAGACUCGUGGAUUCGACGUUGCUGCUGGGCUCUUACCUCGUGCUCAUUGAAUCGCUUUGUCUGAAUGGGGUGGCGGUGAACGACCGUUUCUAGGUCGCUCGAGAUCCAUGAGAGCUUAAUUGACGCGCUUCGAGGGAUUCUAGGAGCGGGUGGACGGAAAUUGGGACAUCGAACGCGCGGACCUUUCGCGCGGACGAAUUCGGGACAAAGGUUCCUUCCUACUCGGUUUCUCACGUCGCUGAGAAACCUGGUUUUUCUUGCCCCCCGAUCUCGUCGCCCAGUGUCGAUAGUUCCACGUCAAAUCUGAAAACGGCCCGGGCCAAAUUGGGUCAUCGGCGGAUAGCAGCACGGUGUGAUCAACGUCGACGGGCCAGCAUUUUCAACGGAAUUUCCAAUAGAAAUAGGUGCCGUUAGAACAAGAACCAACGUCUCGCGUGAACGUGGAAUCAUAAACUCGACAUGUUUUGUUUCCAGACGCCGUUCACACGCGCCUCACGCGUGCUCGUGUUCUCCCUGUCGUCCAGCAAAACGAAGGCCUCCUCCAUGAGCAUGAUCCUCCCAGUAAGCAAGACCUCGAACCCCAAGUGCGAGAGACAAGACUCGGAAGCGACUAGCGAAGGUUCCGGCUCUUCUAUCGGGUAUAUAGACCAGGAACCCGUAGCUUCAGACACCAGCAGCACGGACAGUACGCUCCCGGAUAUCAAAGCAGAUUACCUAGACCCGGAGACGUUGUCGCCUGGGCCAGAUUCCCUCACAGCACCAGCUUCUGUGGACGUCGUGGAGAAUGGGAUAGACGAGUCGAACGAUUGCAACGCGUCUUUGGACGACAACCAACAGAGUCACUGCGUCGCUCCAUCCUCUUCCUUGGAGAAGCAGUCGUACAGUAACAGACGAUGCAAGAAACUGCUUCUCCGUUUACGUUCCGACUCCUCCGACUCGACCAACAACAAAGAGGACAGUCUGGACGCGGUUGACGAUUCCAUCGUAGCCGAGUCACCUGUCUCGAAUAAAGAACGCGAGGACGAGGAGACGGAGUACAAAACGGGAGACACCACGACCAAGUUGCUCACCAACUCGUCGCCGUCGGUGUUGAUCGAUUCCGUGGAUCCCGAUGAGGAGGCUCUCGGGAGCUCCAGAGUCUCUACCGUCUCCGAGAACGACAUAACCUCUCUGCAGAACGCGUUCAGCGAGUCGGAGAAGGAGAAUGCGUCUAAUCAGGAAACGGAAACGGAGACGGAGGAGGGCUCCUCCUUGCCAUUGAGUCCUGCUGGUCCAUCCACCGGAGGUUUGUCCACGUCCUCUGCGCCUUAUUACAACUUCCUCUGCGUGAAUGGCGGAGCCAUGCGUCAGGAGAUGACCAGUACUAGCUCUCCGCAGUUGUCCUCGGAUAGCAAUCAUAGAUCCAGCGCUGAAUCCACACCGGUUGACAAGUGCAGCUCCUUCAACGCGGAGAAGAGUUCCAGGAUAGACACGCUGAAGCCAGAGGAGAGCACGUUUUCCCUGCCUGCCGCGAGGUCUUGCCCAAAUUUAGAGAGACAGAGUGCUGGGUGUUCGCCGACCAGUGGGUCCUCUGCUUCUAGUCCUAGUCCAGGCCCUGUUGGGCCUAGGUUUAAGCCGAUAGAGGAGGGAGACAUUCAAGUGUGCUUUUUGAAUUAUACAAACCUCGUGAAGAAGAUUCUGUCGAGUAAAUAUUUGAGGAGGUGGGAAACGCAUCAUCUUUAUUUGAACGACACCUGCGUUUCGUCUAAAACGCGAACGGGAUUUUUUCGACAACCAAUACCGUAUAGUAGCAUGUCAGACAUACGAAAAUAUGCUGUUACUAGAUGGGAUCCUACUUACGAGAGCUGCCUUAGCAUAUUUCUGCCUAACAGUUCUCUUCUUCUCCAAGCGAGUAAUGCUUAUACGAGGGACCAAUGGUAUCAUUCGAUAUUAUGGAAGAGAAGUAUCUUCAAAUACCAGCACCUAGUAUCUUUAAAUACUCGAGACGAGGUGGUGAUCAAGGAGCUGAAAUCGAUGGUAGAUUUCGCGUUGUGGACGUCUCUCCAGGACGAAAGGGUGUCUUUGGCUCCAUUGGAAGCCGUUGCGAAGCACUUGGAGGACUCGAUAUUCGAGGGUUCGGCGAGGAAGAAGUCGGAAAAGUCGAUCGAGGAGGUAUCGAGAUACCAAAAUGAUCGGAAGCAUUGGGCAGAGACUGUUCUGGCCGUGGUGUCUCCACUGCUGUACAAAGUAGCGCCUCCGGUCUGUCUGACGAGGGUGAUCGUGAAGCUGGUUCAGAAUCCACAGUCGUCCUUGGUCACAUCCAUAAGCCCGGCCAUCACCAGGUGCCUGAAGCACACCGUGGACUUCGGCAAGACUCUGGACAUGAGGAAACUGUUGCAAGUGUUCAUUGCUGCUCUGUGCACGAUGCAUGGCGAGCAGACGAUCAGAGAUUACAUAGCCUCGGUUCAUGGGCCUGGGAGCGACUGUCCUCAUCCUAGGGUGCUUCCUAACCUAAUCUCCGUCUGCGUCGCUGCAAUUUUUCAUAGAUUCGAAGUGGCCAAUCGUUCCGUGCCGGAAGACGGGAAGUCGCCGACUUUGCCUCCACUCAACUGCUACCUGAUGGUGCUAAAUAUCGCAUCAGAGUAUGCCGAUUGGAGGCCAGAACUUGGUGCUUUAUUGCAACCAGUGCCGUUCCCGGAGGAAGCUUUUGGCACAAAGAAGGUCCGACAAUCGAUAUUAAUGUGCGUGAUAAAUCGGUUGGCAAAAGACACGAGAUGCGUGGUCCAUAGCGUUCUACUUCCGGUUAGAGAGCACAGACGUGGAUGGAUCCAUAUCGUUGCACCAUCCAGCCCAAAUUGCCCUGAUCAAGGAGAAUUAUUUGGUGAAAUGCUGACCACCUUAUUGGCAUGCUGCUGUCGGAGGAAGAAUUUUAUUACUUGGCUGAUGAAGCAACUACGCGACGAUUGUAUACUUCUGGCAGUGAGAGGCUGCGAGGCUGCCCAAGAAGCUCUGUGCCUGAUGUUAGAGUGGCGUUUGUCGAAUAAGGAAGAUAAAUUGCAAAUAGUCAAUGCAUUAGAGUCAACCACCUCGGGCAAAGAACGUUACGUUGCUCUUUGCCAAAGGGAGAGUUAUUUGCAGCAACUGUUAAGAGAAGGUGGCCCUAGACGAUUAUCAUUGCCAGCCCGCGCGACAGAUGCGGAUGUCGCUCUACUCCUAAACGGAAGGGCUCUUGGUAAUCUGGAAUACCUUAGUUUGGCCUUUACCUCGGUCACCUCUGCCUGUGCCGAGCAGUUAAUCAAGUUACCAGCUUUGAGAAAUUUGAACUUGUGGGGAACGCAAUUCGGUGACGCUGGCCUGCAAAUGAUUAGCGAACAUCUGCAGACACUGCAGGUUCUGAAUCUCUGUGAAACCCCUGUUUCUGAUAAAGGAAUUUCUACGUUGACCUCAUUAACGAGCUUAAGAGAGCUAAUCCUGAACAGCACCAAACUGUCAGUUCAGACGCUCGAAUCCCUGAAGAAGUGCUUGCCAGCUUUGCAAGAGUACGACAUAAGAUACACGGAUGCUUGGUAGCCAGAACUUUCAUCGUACGUUCAAUCGAACAAACCCAAGAGUAAUUCCAAGAUCAAAGAAAGCAAAGAAAGUUCGAGAUAGAUAAGAAUUAGAAGAGAGAAGAAAAGAUUCAAGCGGUAAAAUAUUUGUCGAGUCAACGAAGUAAUUGGAGGCAUGGUGCAUGCUGUUUCAUCGACGAAACUAAGAAAGUUAUUUAGACGUAAAAGAUGAUAAUAUAUGCAACAUGGCCGAAAGUGUCUGUUAGAGACAUGUAGUUAAGAGUCUGGAUAGUUCAAGUCCCAACAGGGACAACCCUUUUCUGUUUUAUGAACGAGAGAUAUUUAGAAGUCGCUGUUAAGAUUGACUAAAAGCAAAGCACGUGACUAGGACCACAAUAAAAGCCUGACUUUAGAGGGUUUGUUCGAAAAGAACGAACGAAAUAAAACUUCCACAAAAUGUGUCGUAAACUGCCCAAGAACCGUUGUUUCGAUUAAAAAAAUGAAAGGAAAUAAAAAUCGAGACGUUCAAGGACACACGUCGAAAUUAGAAUAGCUGAGAGUGGAAAUUCAUAACGACUCUAUAAAUAGUUGAUCCAUAUGGGAUAAGUAAGAGGACAUCGAGAGAUCGUUUCGAUGGCGCAGGGACUUGCUCUUUGGA